UAUUCUUUCUGCCCACCUACCGCCACCUCCCCCUCGCCUCGCGAACAGAUACCAAUACCCAGAUCACAAGUGAAGGGGCAGAUUUUUUUCUCACUUGUAUGCCAAGUCGCCUCCUCCCCAUCCGCGCCCCCUUCCUCACCAAGCCCACAGCUCUCAGAUUUGCUAAACAUAUGGCUUCAAAUACUGGCAAGAAGCUCAUUCAGAUCGAUGUGAGCUCGGAUACAGUGUGCCCUUGGUGCUUUGUUGGGAAAAAGAAUCUUGAGAAAGCUAUGGAACAAACCAUGGACAAGUUCGAUUUCGAGGUUCGUUGGCAUCCAUUUUUUCUGAACCCUGAUGCACCUAAGGAAGGUGUCAAGAAAUCUGAUUUCUACAAGACCAAGUUUGGCCCUGUGCAGUUUGAGCGUGCAACUGCUCGCAUGAGAGAGAUGUUCCGAGGACUUGGCUUUGAAUAUGACAUGUCAGGACUCACCGGGAAUACAAUGGACAGCCAUAGGCUCAUAACACUUGCCGGACACCAAGGCUACGAUAAACAAAAUGCUCUUGUAGAUGAAUUAUUCGUCAGUUAUUUUUGCCAAGGAAAAUAUAUUGGUGAUAGGCAAGUUCUUAUGGAUGCUGCAAGAAAGGUGGGCAUAGAAGGAGCAGAAGAACUUCUGCUGGACCCUAGCAAAGGAGUCGAUGAGGUUAAGGAAGAACUCAACAAGUACUCUUCUGGCAUUUCUGGAGUCCCUCACUUUGUGAUCAAUGGAAAAUAUCAACUCAGUGGUGGUCAGCCUCCAAACAUAUUCAUGAGGGCGUUCGAGACUGCUGCCAAAGAUGCAGCUGAAUGAUUGUUCAAGGAACUUCUUUACGGAUUAUACUUGUAUGUACAAAAAUAGCAAAAUAUUGUGGUAAAAAGGAAUAAAGGAUGGCUUGCAAAAAGGAACAACAAAAGUUACAAGUCAUUUAUGGUUUUAUUAUGAAAAAGAUAAUUUAUGAAUCCUACUAUAUUUGCAGUAAUUCUGAUGUGAUGAUUGGAGAAAUAAAUUAGGAAGGCUUUCAGCGUA